CCGGGCUGUUCCCCCGGCAACGCCUCGGAACCGUUCCCCCGGCAACGCGCGGCGGGCGCAGUCCCAGCCGCCAUGGACGCGCUGUCGGGCGCCGGGCCUCGCCGGGCUCGCGGCGGCCGCCUGGGCGCGGCGUCCCCCGGAGCGCGGGCUGCGGGAGCACCGUGGGCGCGCUUCUCGGCCUGGCUGGAGUGUGUGUGCGUGGUCACUUUCGACCUGGAGCUGGGCCAGGCGCUGGAGCUGGUAUACCCCAGUGACUUCCGGCUCACGGACAAGGAGAAAAGCAGCAUCUGCUACCUGUCCUUUCCCGACUCGCACUCAGGCUGCCUCGGAGACACUCAGUUCAGCUUCCGCAUUCGGCAGUGCGGCGGGCAGAGGAGCCCCUGGCAUGCUGAGGACCGCCGCUACGACAGCGGGGCCCCUGUGUCGUUGCAAAGGGAGCCAGCACACUACUUCGGUUACGUGUACUUCAGGCAGGUGAAGGACAGUUCUGUGAAGAGGGGUUACUUCCAGAAGUCCCUGGUGCUGGUGUCCCGCCUGCCCUUCGUCCGGCUGUUCCAGGCGCUGCUGAGCCUCAUCGCCCCCGAGUAUUUUGACAAGUUGGCCCCCUGCCUGGAAGCGGUGUGCAACGAGAUAGACCAGUGGCCAGCGCCUGUGCCGGGGCAGACCCUGAACCUGCCGGUCAUGGGAGUCGUCCUCCAGGUUCGAGUCCCAUCCCGGAUGGACAAGCCUGAGCACAGUCCUCCGAAGCAGUGUAGCCAUGAGAACCUGCUGCCCGCCCCGGUGGUCCUCACCAGCGUCCAUGAACUGGACCUGUUCAGGUGCUUCCAGCCCGUGCUGACCCACGUGCAGACUCUGUGGGAGCUCAUGCUCCUCGGGGAGCCCCUGGUGGUCCUGGCACCCUCGCCUGCUGUGUCCUCAGAGAUGGUGCUGGCCUUAAUCAGCUGCCUGCAGCCCCUCAAGUUCUGCUGCGACUACCGCCCCUACUUCACCAUCCAUGACAGCGAGUUCAAGGAGUUCACCACCCGCACGCAGGCCCCACCAAACGUGGUCCUGGGAGUCACAAACCCUUUCUUUAUCAAAACGCUCCAGCACUGGCCCCACAUCCUCCGUGUGGGAGAGCCCAAGAUGUCAGGGGAUCUUCCCAAGCAGGUCAAGCUGAAAAAGCCCUCCAGGCUGAAGACCCUGGACACCAAGCCAGGCCUUUACACCGCGUACUCGGCCCACCUCCACCGGGACAAGGCGCUGCUCAAACGUCUGCUCAAGGGGCUGCAGAAGAAGAGGCCAUGGGACACACAGACAGCACUGCUGAGACGGCACCUGCUGGAGCUCACGCAGAGCUUCAUCAUCCCCCUGGAGCACUACAUGGCCAGUCUCAUGCCCCUGCAGAAGAGCAUCACACCCUGGAAGACUCCUCCCCAGAUCCGCCCCUUCCGCCAGGAUGACUUCCUGCGCAGCCUGGAGCACGCGGGGCCCCAGCUCACCUGCAUCCUCAAGGGCGACUGGCUGGGCCUGUACAGGCGGUUUUUCAAGUCCCCACACUUCGACGGCUGGUACCGGCAGCGGUACAAGGAGAUGGCCCACAAGCUGGAGGCUUUGCACCUCGAGGCCAUCUGUGAGGCGCAGAACAUCGAGGCCUGGAUGAAGGACAAGUCUGAGGUGGAGGUCGUGGACCUGGUCCUGAAACUUCGGGAGAAGCUGGUACAGGCACAAGGCCACCAGCUCCCAGUGAAGGAGGCAACGCUCCGGCGGGCACAGCUGUACAUCGAGACGGUCAUCGGCUCUUUGCCCAAGGACCUGCAGGCUGUCCUGUGUCCUCCCUAGGACAGGGCCAAGCGGCCGGGGCCGGGGGCCUGGGUCUGACCACGCUUCCUUCUCCUCUGAUGUGGCCCCAGCCAAGCACAAGCUCCCCAAGCCAAGCUCUCUGCUGCUGCUCCCUCGCCUUGGCGCCCUGUCAGCACCCCUGGUGUUCCAGCAGUAAAAGGUGGCAUUUGGAACCGCAGCCUGGCCCUUGACUAUGGGCAGACCCCAUGCUGGCCAGAGCCUCGCCUCCCCCUGGGUCCCACCUGCCCUCUGUAGGGCCUGGGGGCCAUGAGGCGGGGCUGGCUGUGAGCCCUCGUUGCUCUGGGCACAGGGCCACCCGUCCCCCUACGGUGCCCACCUGCCCAAGCCCCGGCGCCCUGGGCCUUGUAUUUGAUGUGUUCUUGGGCCUACCAGGCUGUCUAGCCCCAGAGACGCGGCGGCAGCUGCUAGGUGGACCCCCCUGCUCCGUAGCUGCCACCGACCUGCAGGGGGGAGGACGGGCCCUUCACUGUGGUCCUGGGCUGGGGAGGGGCACUGCCCUGUAGUUGAUCUGGAGGCUGCCGGGAGGGUCUGGGCCGGCGUCCUGGUCCCGCUCUUGGAGCCCCGACCGCUGCCGCGUCCUGUUGGGCAGGUGCUCCAGCUGUCUCCCUCACUGCCACGUGCAACCAACGGGUGUUGGACCCUAGACUUACUGGGUGCCCUCAGCUGGAGCCGGGGCAGCAGGCUUGCUGCAGGGAGCGGAAGGGCCCUCAGGGGUGCGGACCUGCCCCAUGCGCUGCUGUGGAGCGCUGGCCCCACAGUACCCGUCGCGGCUUAGCAUAGGACGACGACGUUGGCCGGCGGCGGGAGGGAGGGCUGGCGGGCACGAGGUGUGGACGCGGCACUGUGAGUCCACAGGUGAGUCCCCCGACCUCCAGCCCUCGGCUCAGCUCACCUGAGGCCCAGGUGGGGCUUGGCCACCGCCCUGAGCGGGGCCC